AUGGUAAGAGUGGCCAGUCUUAUUGUGGACCAUGCUCCUGAAGCGGAAUUGUACAUUGCCAAGAUUGCUGACAAGGACCCGUCCCCUCUUGAAUUGGCCGCAGAGGCCAUAAUGGUUGCCGUGGACGAUCUCAAUGUCAACGUCCUAGUAUUUGCCGCUGCCUCUAACAGCGGUGUGAACCUGGAUCGCGCAUAUCCCGCCCGUGAUACGCAUGUUAUUUGCGUCCACGAGACCGACUCGGACGGCAAUCUUGGCGAGGCAGUGCAGUCGGCGUGGCCGGUAAGUCUCUGUGACAUGUGGACGAACCCGGAGUGUGUCCAGUACAAAUCUGGGACUUCUUAUGCGACGCCCAUUGUAGUGGGGAUUGCUGUAUUCUUGCUACAGUACGCACGACUACAUCUGGCAAGCCAGGCACAUAUGCUGAAGCGCCAGUCGAGGAUGAAGGAGGUGUUUUGGAAGAUUGCUCAGAAGACUCAGCAGUCGACGAGUCGGGAUGGCUACGAUCACAUUGCGUUGAGUAGGUUCUCGGAUAACCUCUUUGGCAAGGAUAAGAAGUUUAUCGAUGCGACGAUUAGCGACCUAUUGAAUGGCUAG